GACACACGACAACAAACAGACUGUGAAACUCCGCCCCGUAUUUUUAAGUGGUAAGCUAGUUCAUUACUGAUUAGACCUCUAAAUAUACCACAACCCGAACAAAACGAAAGCAGUGAUCAGUAUCCACGCUUGCCUGGUUGACAGUAUACAUAUUUUCUUUGGAGUAUCAACAACUGACAGUGCCAACUUUCAAUCUGCUGAUUUGUCAGUGUUAUAACAAUACCAAAUUUAAUUUUUAAUGUGGAAUAUUUUACUGUAUAAUAACUAUUUCAUCGAUAACUUAUUGCAUUAUUUUAUGAGACAAUUAAGUGCUCUUGAUCCAUAAGCAGGCUUAUGUGCAGUGUGUUAGGCCUGAACCCAUGGAUGCCAAUGUGUGAUACAGCAAUGCCUGCUAAAAUGUCAGAUGAAGAAAUGAUGGGUCCAGAGGAGAUACUGGAUUGUCCAGUUGGUCCUGGAUUUAAACCAGUCCUUCAUUCACAUAGACAUAAUCUAAGGAAUAGAUUUGAAUUGGGGAAAACCUUGGGUGAAGGAAUGUAUGGUAAAGUCAAACUUGCUGUUGAAAAGGCCACAGGGGAAAAGGUUGCAAUAAAAUACAUCAAGAAAAAUAAAGUACAAGAUGAUACAGAUCUACGUCGACUACGACGAGAAAUCCAUGUCAUGUCAUCCCUCAGUCAUCCUAAUAUCAUCAACAUAAGAGAAGUUUUUGAAAACAAAGACAAAAUAAUUCUAGUCAUGGAUUGUGCAUUAGGAGGAGAAUUGUAUGAUUACAUCAAUGAUCGACAGAAGUUAACAGAAAGUAGUGCUCGUAGACUCUUUCGCCAAAUCUCAUCUGCCAUACAUUAUUGUCAUCAAAAUGGUAUUGUUCAUCGAGAUCUCAAGUUAGAAAACAUUGUUUUAGACAUUGAUGAAAAUGUAAAGAUAGCAGAUUUUGGUUUGUCUAAUUUCUACAGUAAAGACACAUUAUUAAAAACAUUCUGCGGAAGUCCACUUUAUGCCUCGCCAGAAAUUGUCAAUGGUCAGCCUUACUAUGGACCAGAGGUUGAUUGUUGGAGUUUAGGAGUUAUACUCUACACACUAGUCUAUGGUGCCAUGCCUUUUGAAGGAACAGACUUUAAAACCCUAAGAAAACAGAUAUCUAAUGGCGAUUAUUUUGAACCAAAUACACCUUCAGAGGCUGCAGGUUUAAUUCGUCAUCUACUCACAGUCAAUCCUAAAAAACGGGCAAAAAUGUCUGAUAUUCUGAACCAUUGGUGGGUCAAUCUAGGUUACAAAGAGACACCAAUUGGAGAGCAAUAUCCUAGUUCUGAUAUGCUUAAUAUGUAUAAACCUCGAUGCUCACCCUGUUUGUCUUCUGACAGCGAGAGUGAAGGGGAUCAAGUUAAACCAGUUCAACCAUUAAAAGGGAUAUUGAAGAAGCCAAAAACUUCCUACAGCUCUGCUGAGGAAGCUGCGGAGGAAGAUCAGACAAUAAAAGUUCCAUUACAACCAGUCAAGGAUGAUAAUACAGCUUACAUGGUAAUGCCCGAAGAAGGACCAAAUGUUACAUGCAAUAAUUCUGAAAAUAAUAAUUCCAUUGAUGAUAAAAAAGUUUUUGAUUCUGAAAAGAAGCCGGCAAGAGGUAUUCUGAAGAGGAAAGGGAAAUUCAGUGGUGGUGACAGUGGUUGUAUACUUAACGAAUCCGGAGCUAAAAGUCCGGGAUCAGACACUAAAGAAAACAACAGUAUGCUUUACGAUUUAUCUGAUAUUGACAAUGUAUUAAACACAACUGAUCGAUCACCCACAGAGACAAAAAAUACAUUCUCUUAUCCCGAAAAUGUAGUCGAAAGUAACAACAAUACCACCGUAGUGCCAAGAAGAGGAAUUUUGAAAAAGGGUGGACACACCGAUCCUAGAAAAAGACUUUCUGCCUGUAGUACAGGGUCAAAUUCCUCAGCAGACAUAUUAGACUUUUCAUAUGAUAGUGGUGAUGAUAAUUACGAAACUAUUUCAAAUUGUCCUCAGAUGUCGCCUGAGGGAAGCUUAGUUGGAACACCAAGUUUUGAAGACAUGAAUAGUGAGGGAGACAUGUUAAACACGCUUACACCAAAAAUGUAUGAAAAUGAUAACGAAUACUACAACACUAAAGCUGCAAGAGAAAUAUGUGACAAAGCAAUGCAAAUAGUCAAUGAGGUUCAAUUAGACAGUCAAUGAAUUUAAAAUGUCAUGUUGUAAUUCCAAACUUAGAACUUCCUUAUUCUGAGAAAGAAAUCCAAAAUGAUUGGAAUCCAGGUCUUAGAUUUUGGUUUGUUAAAGAAGUGUUUACAAAGACAUGCUGUAUCUGUGGUGGAACUUUUCUAAAAAAAACUUAUUAUGAUGAAUCUGUAAGCAUGGAUUAGCCUGUUUAUACAAGUUAAUGUUUUUGAAGAGCAUCCACAGCAUGUGAAAUGAUUAUGGCAACUUGGUGCUCCAUACUUUAUUAAUGUUGUUUUGAUCUCACUCACAGUCAAACUGUGUUGUAUUUAUUUCAUUUCAUAAAAAAUAUAUCAUUUCAAUUAUGCAAAUAUAUUCACUUUUUUUUUAAGAAGGAAGUAAGAUUUGCAUCGGAGAGAUACCAUGAUUACAAAAGUAAAGAGUUUUUAAAACUGAAAUUUUCAGUUCAUAUGAUUUACAUAAUUGAAAUGGUGAUUUUUUUGGAUUUUGCUAUCAUAGCAAUAUGUUUGCACUCAAAGUGCUCUAUAAGUCAAAAUAUAUAUGAUUUCAAUCAAAGUAACUUGUAUAUUUCAUCUUGUGCCUUUUGUUUGACAUUCUGUAUUGUGAUAUGCAUACAUAUUUACUCAUUGAAUGUAAAAAGUUAAAUUUUGUUAGAAAACAGUUUUAAGUUUGAAAUAUCAGCAAAAUAUUUUCAUAGUGAAGUGGGACCACAUUGAUAAUUUACAUUAUGGAGUCCUUAUUGGUAUACCUAUAUUUACAUACUAGACAUAUUUGAUCAGAAAUGGAAAAAGAUUAACUUCUUACCAACAGUUUUUUUUUUUAAAUGAAAAGAUAUUAAGUAAAGACAUUUCCAUAGGGAAAAUAAAUCUGCUUUUGAAGCAUACAUGUACAUUAAGGUUUUUGUGCCAAUGAAGUUAGCAAUGUGUGAGAAUGUUGUGUAUAUGUGACCAUUGAAGUAAUUAUUUGUAUACAUGUUUUGCAUUAGAUUUUUACAUUUAUUCUUUUGCUGUUUUGUAUGUAUAUUGUGAUUUGCUGUUUUGUAUGUAUAUUGUGAUAAAUUUUCAUAAAUCCAUCAUAGUGUAAAUAAGCUCAGUAUUUAUUUUGCUAAAAAAUGCAUUUAAAAGGUCGAUAUUCAUGGUGCUUAAAAUAAAAAGCUCAGUUAUUAUUGCUGGACUUUGGCAUAGUUAUUAGCAUUUUUUUGUUAAAAGCAUUGCUGGUCAUUCAAGGAGAGAUGAUACUCAAAAGAAAUGAAUAUUUCUUUAAGGGAUUUUUGAAAAAAAGGAAUAUUAUUCAGUUUGCAAUUAUUAAGGAGAAUACAUUGGCAAAAACAUGGGGUUCUUUAUAUAGAAUAUUUAAAUUAAUUCCUAAAUUGGCUCAAGGUAUUUAGCAUGUUUAGUGGAAAGGAAAUUUGAUUUAAAAAUCACAUUUUUUUUUAAUGUUGCUUUGAUAUUAAUUUACCAAAAACGAAUUGAACAAAAUAAGAAUAAUUUUGUUUAUAUUUAUAAUGAUUCUUCAAAAUUAUUUCCCCUAAUUGGUCCUGGCUCCCCAGUUUUAUUCAAAAACUUAAAUAAGGAAGAAAUAUCAGCUGGUCUGAUUUUUUUUAAUAUAUAAACUAAUUCAAAAAUAAAAUUUAAGCAUGGAUUAAAUAAGCCAUAUUUUUUAACUGGAUUACUUUUUCAUAGAUAUUGCAGAAUUGUCUCUUUAGAGAAUUUGUACCCAGUUUUUUUUUUUUUUUUGGUGAAUAUUAUUUGCUAUGAAAUCCACUCUAUCUUUUCUAUAGAUCUUUAUAAUGUUAUAAAAAUUUGAAUAGUCAUUAAAUGGCAACCUUAGUUAAGUCUGGAACUACAUAAGGGUUAUCAGACUAUGUUGAAGAUUAUUUAAUAUUUAAAUAAGGUCUUGCACAAUAAUGUUUUUUUUCCAUGACAUAAGUAGAAUGAGCUGUAUGUAAUACACAGGUUCAAUAUCAGUAUUAAUGAAAUACAUGUUGUUAAUUGUUUAUGGAUAGCAAAGUUAUGUUGGCAUAAGUAUUACAAAGGGAUUGAUUUUUUGUAAGGACAUCAACAUGUUCAUGUAUUAGAUUUAUAAGUUCAAAUUCAAUGUUCAGUGUUUAAAAAUAGUGUAAGAUUAAUGAAAUAUUAGAACAUUUUUUUACAAAUCAGAAAUUUUUGUGUGUGUACUAUUUUCUUUUUAUUCUUGUCUUUUGUUACCUUAUUUUGUUAAUUGUUUCUUAUUUGAAUUUAAACAAAGAAUUUUUGUUAAAAAAAAACUAGUGUAAUACAAUCAGUCCUUUGAUCACAGGCAAUUAUUUAAGUCAACAGGUGUCUGUAAUUAUCAAUAAAUGUCCAGUAGUGCUUGGCGUAAGAAAAUUCAUGGCUUACAAUUGCUGAUAAUAUGCUGUAGUAUUAAAGCUCAUUGAAAUGUUUGUAACAUAGUUACAUCUCAACAUAUACAUUGUGAAUGUCUAAAAACAGCUUUAAAUAAAAUCACACAUAAUGUGCUCAAUUA